UCUGAGUUUCCUGCUGAUGCGAUAUCUUCAAAGAUUGAAAUUAGCAUUAUUUUUAGAAAUUACUUUAAAAUGUAUGUCUAAUAAUAAUAUUUUUAAUUUGUGUUUCAAAUAUUCAUACUUUCCGCAAAUCUGUGUUGUUUUAUAGUGUAAAAGUGAUUUUUUGAUUAGAAUCUAGAAACGUAUUUUGCUAAGAUGGCUCCCUCUAGUAGAUGAACUAUCAACUAUACGCGUGUCGUCCAUGUUCCGAAUGUGGUGUGACUUAUUUUUGUUUUGUGUUAAUUUUCCAUACGAUAAAAUAAAAGUGAAAUGCAACAGCAUGUGUCAUUCCAUAUAGUGGAACCUUGCUCCGGCUGAAUGGAUCCCGCCGUCGCGUGGUAUCAGCCCGAGCAGGAAGGACCCGCGAAGCGCCUGUGGCUUCGUAUUUGGGAAACGCAAAGUGAAAUAGACAAAAUGAACUUAAAAAACUUAGAGAACGCUAAUCCUAAUGUGAAUAAAGCUCAAGACUUUAUACCAAUAAAUGAUGUGAAUGGUGAAAAUAGGAAUAAUAAUUACUUCAACCCAGCGCGGAGGAAAAUGAACGAUAACCGCGCAUCGACGUUUAACCUGAACAAAAACCACGAUGCUCUCAUAGGUGAAUUUGGGGGUUGUCCGUGGCGGAUACCCAACUACAUGUACAAGCCAGGCAUUUUGGGCCUGCACGAAGAAAUCGAGCACUUCUACAACUACAUGUCUCCUACCGAGACGGAGCACAUGGUGCGGACGACUGUGGUGGCGCGGAUCCGGUCCGCCAUCCUCUCCCUUUGGCCCCAGGCCAGGGUCGAGGUCUUCGGGUCUUUCCGGACGGGACUGUAUCUGCCUACCAGCGAUAUCGACCUCGUCGUUAUUGGCCAAUGGGAGAAGCUGCCGCUCUGGACGCUGGAGCGCGAGUUAGUGCUGCAAGACAUUGCGGAAAAGGAGAGCAUCAAGGUGCUCGAGAAGGCAACCGUGCCCAUCGUCAAGAUGACCGACAAGUACUCGGACGUCAAGGUGGACAUAUCUUUUAACAUGAGCAGUGGAGUCAAAAGUGCUGAACUAAUUAAGCAUUUUAAGGAAAAAUACCCAGUGCUCUCCCGCCUCGUGAUGGUUUUGAAGCAGUUCCUCCUCCAACGUGACCUCAACGAGGUCUUCACUGGCGGCAUCUCCUCCUACUCCCUCAUACUCAUGUGCAUCAGCUUCCUGCAACUGCAUCCGAGGCCAGAGAGACUGCGCCAGCCACAUAACCUCGGAGUACUCUUGAUUGAGUUCUUCGAGCUCUACGGAAGGAAGUUUAAUUACGUCAAGACGGCGAUUCGGGUCAAGAACGGGGGCUCCUACGUCUCGAAGGAUGAUAUUCAAAAGGAGAUGAACGACGGCCACCGCCCCUCGCUGCUGUGCAUUGAGGACCCGCUGACGCCGGGCAACGACAUCGGCCGCUCCAGCUACGGCGCGAUACAAGUCAAACAGGCGUUCGACUACGGUUACAUCAGCCUGCAGCAAGCGGUGGGUCCGCACGCGCACGCGGCGCUGCUGCUGCGGCACAGCGUGCUGGGGAGGAUCGUCAGGGUCACCGACCACGUGCUGCAGUACAGGCGGUGGGUGCGGGACACGUUCGAGCCGUACUUCUUCCCGCAUCGGCGGCCUUCCAGCCGCGACCUCGACCCCGACACUGACACCGAACACGAACAGGAGUGGUCGGACAGCUCAGCGCCGCGCACGUCGCCGCCGCCGCUGUCCGCGCUGCAGUGCUCCUCGCCCACGCCGCGACGCGUGUCCGCGCACCAGAGCCUCAUCAUACACCACAUUACUAGCAACUCCGACUUCAACAACAUACCCUCAGGCGUAAUCCAACGCUACGGCGGCAACAACCAAUCGGACAAGCGCACGCCUCGCAACGGCAACGGGAACAGCAACGGCAACGGGAAGCAGCGACGAUACUCGCCCCCGCGCAGGACGUCAGACUCGCGGCACAAGAAGCGCAGGCAAUACGCGCAGCCGCGAUGAUAACGUGCCGCGUAACACUAUACAUACGUUAUAUAACGAGUUAUUAACGACAUAACGUUAUUAACAAAAUAACGUUUAACGUAACGUUGCCGGUGUAGUGGUUGAAUAGACGAUUUCGUUCGAAAUAACUAGUUAUUACGUAAUGUGCAGCUGUGAUGGGUCGAUAUUUCAAUAGACGUUUUUGUUAUGAUAGCGUUACACGUAGACAUUUUCGUUGCUAACGUAAAGUUAUCGUUUGAAGAUAUAAUUAUUAUAAGUCUAUGCUGACUCUGUGUAUUCGUAUUUGCAGACAAUCGUCUUACAUUGCCUAGUUUCGUAUAUUUUCAAUGCAUAGCUCACUUUAAAACUAAGCAGUGUAGGUCGAUUGCGAACAUUUAAUUGGCAUGAAAAUCAGCAUUUUAUCUGUAACGUAGCACAGCCUCAUAGCUGUAACUAACUUUAUUUUACAACUUGUAUAAGAUAGUGCCUCUAUCUGUCAAUAUUGUAAAUUUUGCAGACAUAAUAACAUAACAAAAGUAACGUUAUUUUUAUAACUAUUACGUUAACUGUUUACAUUAUAUGAAAUUGCGUCGCUGAAGGUUUGAUGCUAUCGCUCGACCCGUUGCUCUACAAGUUGGUAGACUGGUUGCGAUCGAUACAGGGUUGGUUGUGAGGGGUGGUUUCGAGGUUGGAUUUCAGCAAGUAAGAGUGUGUGGUCGAGGGACGCCUGGCGCCGGCCUCGGGUCCGUGGCAUGGCUUCACACAAUUCUUAUGACGUCUUCGUCGUCUUUUGUUUUGACGUCCGUCGACGGAUUUCUACGCACGUCCACGUCGAACCCUAUUGAAAGUAACGUAACAAUGUAGUGGCGACGCGUUACGUCGACGCAACGGAGCAUUGGUCUGUGCCCUUAGUUCCGAACGUCUUGCAGAGUGAUAACUUGUUGUACCCGGGAUCGGCUCCCGACAAGGGAACUCCUCAAUGGUUUCCUGCACGGACAUGAGAUUUUUUGUGCUUGAAGAGAGAAUUCUCACUAUUUAUGAAUAUCAGUCAUGCCAUUAGGACCCCAUUGAGGCUUUUGCUCAGGGUUGUCGAUUAAAACAUGUUAGGAAGUGUGGAAUGGGUCAAUGCCGGGCCGCCUUCCCCGGAUUGAACCCAUCUCCACAAGUAAAUAAGAAAUUAACAACUGACGAAGUGGGAAAUCUAUUUGCAGAUAUAACGCGUCCAGUAGAUAUCACUUAGAGUGAGUUGCACCAGUCAACUUUGAUGUUAAAUUUGCCCUGCGCGACGGGCGACGGCCCCGAUUAGAUAAAGUUGCGUAAUUUGCGUUGAUGUGCGCAGGUUAACUUUAACGUCAAAAUUGACUGGCGCAACGCACCCUUAGUCCACAAUCUCGGGAAUAGGGAAAUAAUCUUUUAGAGCUCCAUAAGGACUAUUCAUUCCUAGAAGUAUCCAAUGCUCGAAAACAUAUUUUUAAAUAUCGUAAAAAGUUCGCAAUUUGUGAUUUAUAUGUUUUCUAAAGCUACCUGUGUUCUAGGAUUUUACUCCCGCGGGAUUUCGGGACAAUAAGUGCCCAAUAUUACAAGUUUUACAUCCCCCUGUCACUAAUUAUUAAAUUCAGCAAACUUCCCGUAUGUAGUAAGGGCCACUUGCAGCAAAAUUACAAAUUUCUCGAUUUCUAUUAAAAGUAGCAUCAGUGCUAAUCUUAACUUGCACCUGAAACGAUUGUCUUGCACACGUGAUUGUCGGGCUAGAUUAUGUUAAAUCAAGAUUUAUAUGUCAUUCGGUCGCCAUUCAUUCUUUUUGUUCCGUUUUCAAUAGAUAUUGUUGUUGUCUUGCUUUCUCAACAUCUCAGUCUCCCUCUGCCUGUCAUGUCAUAUGUCAAAAUCUCUAGUUAAAAUGUUGAAGAGGUCAAAACACAUAAUUUUAGCAAUAAAAUAUAUAAAUUUAGUAAAUAAACUCACCUAGAACCUCUAAUAAUAUAUUAAGCUAUAAAUAUCUAAAAAAAUUGCUCAUCAAGUAUAAAUAUGUCUUUAAAUAAAAUUAUAAUUGCUAAAUAGUAAAUAUAAUUUUAUUUUCACUGAAAAAUUAAGAUCUCGAUUUAGCGACUUUAAACCGGCCUCGAAGUCAGAUUAAUUUUGACGUUUAUUUGAAUCGAGAAACAAGCUACAUCGGUUAUAUUAUAUGCAAGAUGCUAAACGCUUUUUAAGCUUAAUUGGCGUAUUUUUUUAUUUAAAUCGAGAUUUAACUACGUGCUGCAAAUUGGGACUAAGAAAUCUAAAUAUCGUCACUUAUACUUUUACGUAUAUACUUAACAAAUUACAAUAUUAGUAGGUACAACAUUACAAAUUCCACGAACAUCUUCAGUUGGACUCUUUCCACUGGCCGUGUUAUACAAAGUCAUAUCUGGAAGGAUUAUAGGACACACUAACAAUUUUUAAAGAUAUAUUGUUUUAGAUCAAAUCUUGUCUUUUGUUUGAAAAAGUCUACUGUUAUUUCAGCUACAUCAACUCGCGCAUCAUCCUAACCCUGCAAGAAGACGUUUUUUGAAAAGUGAGCUUUAUAACGUCCCCUGUAGACAUAGUUUGGUUUGACAACGUAUUAGCCGAAUACUCGCUGUCGGUUCUCGUCUUGUCAAUGUAAAGUAUGCCUGUAGAGGACGCCUUAAAGCUCACUUUUCAAUGAAAGCUAUCGUGCCAGGUGAGAGCGCAGGGCGGUAGAAGUGUGCUAUUACUUUUAAUGUCGAUAAUCUACUCUAAUUAACUAGAUCGUCCCACUGAAAUAUAUAUACGCGUAUGUGUAAAUGUAAACUAAGUCCGCGCCACGAAAAAGUCUACAGCUCUACAGUCGCUGACAACAACGUGGGCGAUCUGUUAUUGACAGCUCAGCCACAUGAUAUUUUUCGUAUCGUGAACUCUACGUAGGUUUCCCUACGCCUUUACCGGAAAAUAAGUCACGCAGGAAAAUUAUCCUUACCAGUCGUGACACUGACAACACUAUGUCAAUUUUAAAUGACAAGGCUGUAUAAUUUGCCGGUUUUGUUUCGCAUGUCAAGACGAAUUUGUUGAACAAAUAAGCAACAAAUAACAUAAGUCCACAAGCGCAUUGCUGCACUAAACGGACCGCGCACAUGCUUUGCAUUUUGCAAAUAAAUUGUCACAGACAUUACCAUUUUUUUAGUAAUUACAAAUUAUUUACUCGUUUUGUCUAAACGCUGGCACACGAACAUGACAUGCCUUUUUUGAAAUAUAUUUGUUUCAUAAUCAAUACUUAUCUAAACACGUAAUAUUAAAUCAUAAAUUAAUUGUAUAAUUUAUGAUUUAUAAAAUAAUUAAGUUGUAAUGUCCAGACAUAUAGAUUUUUAAAGUGCAUAUUUCAAUAAAGAAGCUUGUUGAGGCAGUUAACCUUUUUUGAACAUCGAAUCGUGCUAUUACAUAAUACUUAUAUAAAAAUACGAUUUUAAAAAAGCUGGCAACCUAAGAAAUAAAUAAAAAAUACAUUCGUAAUGUCUUCAUUUAUCGAGAUAUCAAUAUCCUGGGCUUUAACUAUCUUUUACUCAUAUUACAUAAGCUUGGGUGCUCUCGAUUCUGUUGCACAGCUGAUUUUAUUGAAUUGGACAUUCGACAAUUUGUUUAGUUUGUUACUCCACUACUGAAAGAAGGUAACUUAAUCCGUUUCUAAAUUUAAAAUUCCUAGUUCGAUCUAAUUCUAACAUUGCGUAAUAUCAACUCCAAAUAAAUUAUUUAAAAAGCUAUUAAUUAUAAGCCAGUCAUUAAUUUAAUCGUUAUCAUUUGAUUGUUUUUAGUUUUGUUUUAAAUUAUUUUAGUUUUGUUCUAAUAGUUUAGUAGCUGUUAAAAAAUUAUUUAGAAUUGAUAUUUUUUUUACUGGUAAUUAAUUAAAAGUAAAUUUAAAACUGAAUUAUCAGAUAUCUUACACGUACAUCAUUAUAAAGUAUUGCAAGCUAAAUUAUCCCCUAUGUCUCCCUAACUUAGGGGCGAGAACCGUAGUCAUACGCAUUAAGUCCUAAAAGUUGGCUGGGGACCACUAAAACCGAGACAUGUGUUAAUUGCGGUGAAUGAGAAAUAUAAUGUUCUCAAGCUGUAGUUUAUGUAUUUGUAACCUGUAACUUGGGAGUCGAUUCUGCUUACGCUUGCUCAUAAUCAUGUCUCAAUGGCUCUUUCCACAUCUUCUGGAAUCAAUAUUCCAGAAGAUGUGGAAAGGGCCAUUAAAAUCGAUUUUGAUUUUAAGUUAGUGGAAUUGACACUCCGUUAUUAUGGCGAAAAUAUAGUAUGUGGAUUGUCAAUAUAGCAAUGUCGUUAAAGUACAAAAUAUUCAUAUUUUUAAUUACAAAUGUUGCAGUAUAUAACAGCGUCUAAUAAUAUAAAUAUAGGGAUGUGUAUUUCGAGGCCGUUAUUAAAAUAUGCCCAGCCCAGUAGCUUUAAAUUAAAAAUGUAAAUAGGACGACACAAAAAUGUUAAAAAUUGAACGCAAAUACAGACAUGUCAACCAUGUUGGAUUAAUUUUGUAUAUGAAGUUAAAUUAAAUUAUUUGACACAUUAAAAAAUCAUAUAUUUUUGAAAUCCGAGUCUAAUUGGUGAAAUAUGCAUUUAGUAUAAGACUGUUGCCCGGCUGAUUCUCUCGUGUAUAAAAUAUGUUACAAUAUAGAAGUUCAUCACGUCACAGGCAUGUAUUCCAAUAUCUUCGACGCAGUCAAAUGUCUUGUAUUUACUCAUAAUUUGAUAUUUUGAUUACGUUUAUUGCUUCGACAUAUAGUUUGUAAAUAAUAUAUGAUAGUUCUUGCGACCACCGCCAGAUGUCAGCGCCGAGACCGUCUGUAAAAAUGCUCGUAAGACUAUUAUGUAGCGUGCAAUUUGAGCAUAAACAAGUUAAAUUGUCUUAAGGCUGAUUUACAUAAAGUGAGCGUAUUGUUUAAGUCUGUCACACAUAGCGCAGUCCACUCGUUCGCUUAGUUAGACUUUGACUUAGCUUGAUAUGCUUCACUUUAUUUAUAUGAACAAUUGAUGCAGACCAAGAUCACAAGUCCCGUGCGCACUCUGGUACUGGUGGUAAUAACCUCUGAAUACCUAUGAUAACUUCGGUUUGGAGGAAUCGAUACUAAAUCCGUAUUUCUUAAAAUAUUGUCGCACGUUCGGAAGUAUGAAUAAUACCUAUGUCAUGAGUUUCAUGAAUUGUAGAUCUCUCGAAAGCUGUAUAUUAUAUUUAUUUGUAUAGUUUUUGUAACUUAAGAUUCUUAGUUUAGGUGUUUUUACCAUUUAGUAAAAAAAGAAAUAAAAAAAAAUAUAUAGACUUGUUUUUUUGUAUAUUAACGUAUAUUAGUUAUUUUUUCACUGCCUUACUGGCAACACUGGCUCGUAACUACUAAAUCUAAUAUUAAUUCUAGAAAAUGUGUUGUACUGUAUAUAUGAUAUGCUUAGUGAAAAAUGUAAAGAAAUAGUUGUAUAAGAUGAGCAGCGUGUCAACUUGACUCCGAAUUCAUUGGACAUUAUUAUUUUACAAAUAAAAAACGGAUUAAAAAUAUUUUUUUUUAAUCGCGACAAAAAAUGCAUUAUGUAUGAAUGACGGGAAAAGGGAAAGAUGGUAAAAUAAUAUAAUUAUUAAAAUGUUUAAACUUAGAUUACAAACUACUAGAACACGUCAAAUGGCCGUCACGAUUUGUUUGUAAACUAAAGUCUGAUUUCAAGCAGCCGGAACAUAACCGGUUAUAACAGAAAUCUAACAUUCGUAAAAUACUAUCAGUCUGUCCCGGCUUUACUAUAAAUUAUCCACCUAAAAAUGACGCUUGUAGAAUCUGGCAUUCCCAGUCUUUGAAAUGGACUUUAGUAAAUGUCUAUAUGAAAAUUAUAUAUUUAUGAAAACGCUCGAAAAUUAACAGUAGUGUUUUGUUGACAUUACAGGCGUCAGUUUAGAGUUCUUAGUUUGGGUCGUUGAGUGUGGUCCAUUUAUGAGAAACGCGUGUAUUGAUCGUUACAUUGUCAACAGAACAUUUCACUGUUCAUAAUUUACUAUUUUCACGGAGUUGCGUUGACAUGUGCCAAUAAAAUAAAGGUAUCAUACGCUUCCUCCAGUGACUUAUACAUGUAAUUUUUGUACAUCAUAUAGUAUAUAUACUAUGGCGAGUUUGCCUUCUCCAAAACUGAUAUCUGUAUUCCGUAAUAUGGAAGUAACUCGUAUAUUCUAAAAUCAUUUUAAGUUAGCUUUUAGAUCUUCUGUCUCUGUCGGUAUUGAGGGCUUCCGAGUCCUAUGCGGCUUAUCAACUCGUCUAGACAUCACAAUCCUUUACACUUGUAUCGUCUUAUUGUGCUAAAUGUUAAAACUAGACAGAGGUAGCAUAAGAGGGACUUAAAGCUUAUGAUAUUCGUGUAAGGUCCAUUGAAGCUAGCUAGAUUCAACUUGUAAAAAUGUGGUCUACAUAUAUGCUUUAAAGCUACCCGCAAUCGCCGCUUCCCGAAGAGCAAUAUAACAAGCGUUAUAUGCGGGCUGUAUUACACGUAGAAAUGAAUAAAAAAUCAAUAAUAAAAAAUAAAAAUAUGUUUAUUUAUGUACUCCAAAACAAAAUUUUGAAAAAUUUAUCGAUUUUAUUUAUAUUGCAAAUCAUUUUGAUGUUUAUUUUCUUUAAUAUAAAAUUUUCGCGUUGCGCUAUCUACUACACUAACUACUUACGAGUACUUCUAUAAUUAUAAAUGCAAAAGUCUGUCACGCUUUCACUGCUACACCGCUGGACCGAUUUUGAUAAAAUUUGGAGUUGAACGAUGAUAGCUGAAAUACAUGAGAAGUUUUCCAUACUUUAAGUAUGAAAUUUUUAUGAUAGAGGUUGUCUACUAAAAAGGAGAUUAGCAUUUUCAUCAUGUUAUGCGUUAAAAAUAUUCUUGAAAAUAAAUAUUUCCAUAACAAGCAAUAACAAGCGAAUCAUUUUUCAUGCCACCCGUAGCUGUCGUGGUGGAAAAGUGAACGUAGGUGUGGGCUUUGUUUAUGGUAGCACGCGCGAGGCACAAGCGGAAGCGGGGCGGGAAAUUAUUUACGGAAAUUCUAUUUCAGUAAACUAACAUAAGAUUGUUGAGAAUAUUACAUUAGUUUAUGUAAAUAGUUUGAAUUUUCUUAAAUAAUUGAGACAACAAUUUCCAUAAAUUAACAUCGUCGUUUAUGUUGUUUACGAUCACAUUGUUCUUCGAUUGUUUUUAUUAUCUCCAGAUUCGAAGUGAUCACAAAUCCAAAGUUUUACUUUAUAUGUAAAAAUAUAAUAUUGCAUUAAAAAUGAUGGCUAAAAUCAAUGCAUAUAUCUUACAAACAGACCAUUGCAGCAUUUGCAGCUAAUUUACAACAUAUAGAGACGCCAUCAAUGUGACCGCAACCUUACCUCCCCGCCUCAGUGAUCCGUCACCGUCGCGGGCUGUAAUUAUAACAAGUGGUGGCGUCCGUGUUGCUUGAUGGUAAACCUUCAAAUAGGUGACGAGCUCUGCUACACGGGUCGAAAGGUCCCAGGUUGUAAUUAAUGUCAUCAUUAUUUACUUAUUUAUUCUUAAUUUGACAGAGAAAUAAUAACAGUAAACAUUACUAUGUCUCAUCUUUACUUGUUCCCAUUCGGUUGUAUUGGGGGUUGUGAUAGUGCGACGUCCGGGGUCAGCGUGGAAAUUAAAUCUCACAUUUGAAGAUUCGGCAGGGGUCCGUCUGCCUGACGUUAAUCUAUCGGUAUGCUAAUGUUGCCUAUCAGCUGCCAAGGCUAAGGGUCCCUUAGUCACCUCAUACGACAUCCAUGUGGGGAUAUGGAGAGGUCCUAUUCUAGGGCGGAACCACACUACUAAAUGAAUGAAUCCGGAAGGAUAAACAUUCUCACAUCCAAACUUUCGCAUUUCAAGUAGUUGAUAUUAUUUCAGUAACAUUAAUCCUUAUUUUAUUACGCAUAAGAAUGAGAAAUAAAAAAGAAAUUGUAAAAAAAUAAUACAGCCCGCAUUUGCGAGAUUGGUUUGUUUGGGAUACGCGUAGCGGAACUAAUGAGGAAGACUCGCGUAUUUGCGAUUAGGAAAAUGAUUCACAAAUACUGAGCCAGGUAGGGGAGGCUAGCCAGCCAUGUGAAUCAUCAAAUAAUGUACAUUAUUUGGUUAUGCCACAUCUGUAGAAAAUAUAUUUUCACGUUUGUAUAAUGCCAUAUUCUUAAAAUGACGGAACGCCCUAUUAGUAAAGUGACACGGUCGAAAUUUGCAUUGUACCGUUUCCAAAUUAGAUGCACUUUUUCGAGAUGAAAUCAUGUGCCAUUUUGAGAAUAUGAUAUGUUGCGUGUUUCAUUCAAACAUUUAUCUAAUGUUGUAAUAUCAACUGAAGCCCUAAAACGUUGUAAUAAUGUUUCAGAAACUUGAUACAUCAAGAAGCCCCCAAUCGCGCUAAUAACUUGCUUUAAAACUGAAUCGCAAUUGAACCUCAAAAUAGUUAAAUUUUUUAGCAUUGGUUUACGGUUCAUCCUGUCGAUAAACGCGAUAUCGCAAUCGUAAAACAAAUUUGCCAUACGAUAGAGGUUCAACUGCGAUCCAGCUGAAGCGCAACUAUGGCGGAGGGUGCGUAGACUGACUACUCUCACAAUUGACAAAUAAUAUAUAUAUUUCGGAUAACUUAUUUAGUUGUAAAAAGGCAGUUAUAUAUAGCAUUUACGUUCGAUAGUAUUCUGGAAAAUUCGAACAAUAUGGCCGAAAAACAAAAUGGCCGAUUUUGCCUCAGGUUUGCUCGCCCCUUAUUAUGUGAAACCGUUUAGCGGCAAUGUGAUACAGCAAUUUGACGCAUUCUCCCCGGGAAAUGGACUAGUGAUUAAUGGUUCCUUUGUAUUCACGCAGCCGUUGACAGCCAUACAAUAAGGGCGAGAUUAGUCCGCUCGGACAGUGACAUCGCUCAUAAUACCUUUGCAAUAAGAGCUAUAUAUACCUACUAAAAUAGACGAAUAGUACGCUGAUAUUGCCUUUAAUACAAGUUGUAACAAGGGCGAUGAUUACUUAGCAAGUUAGAUAACGAUACAGAUUAUGUCCACUACGGAACACCAAUUGAUACUCGCGUCGUUAAUAUGCCAGUGUUGUUAUAGUUAUAAUGUAAGAUGUUAAUAUACUGAGAAGCGCGGAGCAAAAUAAUAUUUUCCUUGCUUUUCCUGUCACAUCCAAAUAAUCUCUGUCUAAAUUAUCUUAAAUUACUUUUGAAUAUUUGGGCGUGAAUUAGAAGAACAUUUUCAGAAAGCAAUCUAAAAAAAUAAAGGUGCUUUUUAUUCAUUAAUUCGCGACGUAAAAUUCUCUUCUUUGGUAACUUUUUAAUGUUACGACCAUUUGCUUUCGAUUACGUGUAAGCAUACAGCUAUAUGCUUCCGUAUCGAGUUGGAAAAUAUCUUAUGACGUUAUAAGUUGAUAGAAUUUCGAGAAAGGUUUGUGCCGCGCCGCUCAUGUGUAAUUAUAACAGUGCAACUAAGUAACGAAUUUAGCUGUUAAGAGGGACGGUCAGUGGCGAGGCCAGACGGUUGUUGCGUUGUGUCGUAAUAAAUUUUAGGUUAACAUUACGUCUAUAUGUCACUUGGUAAUAUUUGAUUGUCGACAUUGAUUGCUAAUAUUCUUCUGUGAACCGUUCAAAUCGAAACAGAAAUGUCAACGACGUCAUACAUUUCCCGACACCAUUGCAAUUUUAUUUUUUCAAUUCUUCUUUUCUUAUGUCUCCAUCGGUCGCCAAAACGAUGACUACAAUAAAGUGGUCGCGAGUGAUUGAAAUAGAAAACUUUCAAAAGUCAUUUUGAAGUAUAUAUGUUUCUUGUCAUAUUAGUUAGCAGCGACCCCGUUACCGGGCUACAUAUCAAUCUGUACACAUUAUAAUGAAGUUGUCGCGAAAUGCAAAAUAGCGUCGUUGACAGUCCUAUUAUUUGAACCGCAGAAUGUACUAAACAUUCUGUCUAUAAAGAGUAAAAAAUAAAUGUGGGCGCUGAGAUCUUGGCUGUGACAUUAAUUGACGCAUAAGAUUAUUUUGAAUAAAGUGCCUAAAAGGAUUGUCGCUAUACUUUUCGUUCACAUAAUGGCGGACAUGCAAGUAAAGCGUACGGGAAAGUACCUGUCAUGCUGGCAGCUGCCAGGUGCCAGGCCACAUUGACAAUGACAAUCAACUUGCAUAUACACAAUGGCACGUGCCGGUAGUUGGCAUGUGCAAACUACGGGCACGUAUAUUUCCGCCUUAAUUUUUUGUCCUUGCCAAGUGUAUAGAAUAUAGAAGAUAAAAUUAUAUGGGGACGCGGGAACCUCUCUCGCCCUGUUUUAAAGGCGUUGUUUGCACCAUGAGAGUCGUUCAGAACAGGCGGGAAAUGUCUAAGCGUUAUUUUUUGAUGUCACUGAAAAAAUUACCAUACUUAUUGCCGCCGUUCGAAUCUGAAGUCUGAUUUUCCGGGGGCUGUGUUACCAUUGCGUAAGGUACAAAGUUUUUGUACAAUUUGUAUAUGAUGCAAAUAGAGAUUUUCAGUUCAUUUUCGCUUGUUCUGCGACACGACUAGGGAAGCAGGCUAAGGUAAUAUUCGGACAUUAAAAAUAUGCAUUUAAUAAGUUUAAUUGAGAGAUAACCAACUCGCCGCGCCAUCAACCGUUCCCUAUGUUUUUAUGUAUAUCAGUGUACCGAAUGUGAAAUAUCGUGUUGUUAGCUGUUGUACAUACAAAGCUAAGUUGUGUACAUAACGCGCAUGUACAUAACUAGUCUGUAAAUAGUCGAGAUAUAUAUUUAAUAUUAAUAUAAAUUUGAUUUAAAGAAAGUUUUAAAAUAAAAUAAACUGAUGAAAAAACACAAAAAAAGGAAAUAAAGACAUGCAGUGAGCCUGAAAUAGGAAAAGCGAA